AACUUCAUCCUCCAAGAAAAUCUCACAAUACAUCCACAACAAGUCCAAAUCGCCCCGUAACCCUCAAAAGACACCUGCUCUUUACUUGCUUCAGUGGCCGACUCAUGAAUAUCCCAACAUGGCACCACAGAGAACGACGGGCAAGGUGCAGAAACGCACGUCACACAGAGGUGGGCCAAAGCAGGCGAGGCGGGGCUCCGUCGAAUCUGAGUCUUCUGAUGGAACUUUACGAGCCUCUAAUAUCGAACCUGGCCAUGAAGCCUCUCGGAAGAUGUUGAAGCGGUUCGCGGCCAAAGUCGGCAAGGUUGUUACUCUAGAACAAGUUGCUGCAGCUAGUCAAUGGAUGACCUCUAUGCAGUGCACAGAGAACGAUUUGCAAAAAUUCGCAACUUUCAAUAGCCACGCUGAGAAGAUUGGCCUUCAAAAAGUGUGGCCGGAGAUCAUCAUGUAUCGAUCGAUCGGGCAGAUCUCGACAUACUUCCUCGACGGACAAAGGCUGCGUAAUGGCGGUCAAAGCGAUAUCAAUGCUCUUGAUGAGUUGGAGAUUUCUGUUGUCGGCUGGGUCAGAUUGGCCUCCGAGGGACGACUUAGCAGGCUGGAAGAGUCUGCUGAGAUUGAGGACGGUGAAGGGCAAUACAGCACACAAGCUGAAAGGUUCAAGACAUUCCUCACAGAAUUCAAACACCGAGGUAACUUCACUGUUUGGAAUUACGACCAGAUGAAGAUGCUUCGUUACAUGAUAUACAAAGUGGUGCAUGAACCUGUUGGCUUGGAGCACACACCAAGGCAGUCCACUGGCAAGAUAAUUGCCCGCUUCCGAAUUAUUCCCUUUGCUUAUCAUUCUUUUAGAUCCCCCUAGGAGAUUCGCAAGAAUAACAGAUGAGGAGUCAAGUCCAGAGGCUCCCGGGAGUUACGAAGAAGAGUCCACCCACGGUGAUGAACAUAGCCCUGGGGUUCUAGCGCGAAGGAUACUUGCCCUCGAAACAGGUCUCAAGGGGAAAAGAAAAGAUCUUAGGGAGGCUCGAGCUGCUGCACAGAAUGCUCAAAAUAUACUCAGUGAUUUUGACGAGAGAGUGUUACUCGAAGUAAAAGAUAUCCUCGAGCAUAGGCGUGCAGCGGGCCAGGAAUGGACAAUCGCUGCUGCUGAAGUUCAAGCGCGGAGGUUUGAUGAUUUGGGUCGCCAAGUGAGUCAGGAGCUCAGGAAAAAGCUUGUCGAGCCGCUCAGUGGUGAGCAAGAGAUCGAGGAUGCGAUCAGAAUAGCGGAAGCAAAGAUUGCACGCCUUAAAGAGGCAAUAAAUGCAACAUCAUCGUAAAAUGAAACUCUCAAGCGGAUAUAUGCAACAAAAAGUG